AUGAGUGGUCGACAUAACGCCAGUUCUUCCAAAGUGGGUGCGCAUUACAUUUACGAAGAUGGAGAUCAAAGAACUUUCAAGGAGGAAGCCUUCCACAACGAGAAUCAGCACCACCGAGAGAACUUCGAUGGUUAUAUGAAAAAGGGGAAAUUGGAAGCUAUGAACCAGAUGCGGGAGGAAGAUAUCCAAGACCAAGUACAAGAGAGGCUCAAACGAGACCCGACGUACCCUGCUAUGCUGCAUGGUAACGAACCGUCUCGAGGUGCCAAGAUUGAUGCCGAGAUCCAAGCGGAAGAGGAGGAAUUCCUGAAGAAGAAAAAGCAACAGACAGAUAGCAUGCCAGGGAAGAAGCUUGGGCAUCACGGCAGGAAACAUAGUCAGUGA